AUGAAAACUCUAUUCAGAAAGCUUUGUGGCUUACAGAGAUCGGUAAAGCCUAACUAUGAAUACAAGACUUUGCCCGAAGGCUGUAUACGGCUUCUCGUCUUGCUGCCAGGACCCCGAGAUGCCGCGAUCAGCUGUUCCCUGAAAACCGUUGCCCUGGCCGAUUUUGAAGACAGAUUUAACGUCGACUCAAUGUCAGAACUUGGGGUGUAUGAAGCUCUUUCGUAUUGUUGGGGAACAUCAGAAGAAACUAAGAAAAUUGACUGCGAUGGUCAGUUGCUCGAGAUAAGAGCCAAUCUGGAAAGCACGCUCCGUUUUUUUCGAUAUAAAGACAAACCCCGAGUUAUGUGGGUGGAUGGUAUAUGCAUCAAUCAGAAAAAUGACAAAGAAAAAUCACAGCAAGUUUCCCUUAUGGGCGUAAUUUAUUGGAAAGCCAGCAGAGUGCUUGUGUGGCUUGGCGAAGAAGAUAAGAGCGCGAAGCAAGUCAGUGUUGAGAAAGCGUUUGAAUUUAUACGCAAAUGCAGCGACCUUACAGAAACAUGGGCAAAUAACAGACGUAUUCAUCAGCCAAAUACCACAUCAAACAUAAUAGAAGAGGUUCAGGGAAGCAAGGAAACAGUUUCAUGGGACUCAGUCCAACAUUUGUUUACUCGAGAUUGGUUUACACGAGUAUGGGUAGUUCAGGAGCUUGGUUUGGCGAAAUAUGCAACAUUCUACUGUGGAGAUGCCUCAAUC